CUAGCCCACAGACAUGGCCAGUGCCUAUCAUUCAUGUAAGGAUAGCCAGUGGUCUCAGUAGUACAUGAUAUGAAUCAGAAGCACUGCCUGCACACUGAUCUGUCCUGCCAGUAUGUUUCCUGGGACAAACAGCUGACUCAAUGUGUGCACCAGUAGGCAUUGCAACCGCUGGGAGAAACUGCAGAGCAGAUCAUUUUCUAGUCACUAUUCUGAAAAUGCCUCAUUCAUUUAAAUUCCUUCUGCUGAUCUUCUGCCUCAUCCUCCUUACAGAAAGCAGGAAACAUAGGAGGAGAAGAUGGACAAAUCAGAUGGAAGUGCAUAAGCAAACCAGCCAUGUAUAUAAAAAAAAUCAUGAUCUUACCAAACUUCGAAGAACUAAAAAUGAUCAGCUGAUCAGAGUCGAUGAGCAUGAUUUUACCAUGAGGCCAGCAUUUGGAGGUCCUGCAAUCCCUGUUGGAGUUGAUGUGCAAGUUGAGAGUUUGGAUAGCAUAUCUGAAGUUGAUAUGGAUUUUACAAUGACUCUGUAUCUGAGACAUUACUGGAAGGACGAGCGUUUGUCAUUCCCUAGUACCACAAAUAAAAGCAUGACUUUUGACAGCCGGCUAGUAAAGAAGAUCUGGGUACCUGAUGUGUUUUUUGUGCAUUCAAAGCGAUCCUUUAUUCAUGAUACAACUACAGAAAACAUCAUGCUACGUGUUUAUCCUGAUGGCCAAGUACUUUACAGUAUGAGAAUCACUGUGACAGCAAUGUGCAACAUGGACUUCAGUCGUUUCCCUCUGGAUACUCAAACCUGUACCUUGGAGCUUGAGAGCUAUGCUUAUACUGAUGAAGAUCUGAUGCUUUACUGGAAAAAAGGGAAUGAGUCCUUAAAAACAGAUGAGAAGAUUUCACUAUCUCAGUUCUUGAUUCAGAAAUUCCAUACUACAUCUAGACUUGCAUUCUACAGUAGCACAGGAUGGUACAAUCGUCUGUACAUCAACUUCACAUUAAGACGACACAUCUUUUUCUUCCUCCUGCAAACUUAUUUUCCUGCGACUCUAAUGGUCAUGCUUUCCUGGGUCUCUUUCUGGAUAGAUCGUAGAGCAGUCCCUGCCAGAGUCUCUUUAGGUAUAACCACAGUGCUGACCAUGUCCACCAUCAUUACGGGAGUAAACGCCUCUAUGCCUCGAGUGUCAUACAUCAAAGCUGUGGACAUUUACUUGUGGGUCAGUUUUGUAUUUGUCUUUCUAUCGGUGCUGGAAUAUGCAGCUGUGAAUUACCUGACCACAGUGCAAGAGCGGAAGGAAAGAAAGCUAAGGGAAAAGUUUCCCUGUACAUGUGGAAUGUCACACACAAAAACAAUGAUGCUAGAUGGAAUUUAUGGGGAUCCUGACUCCAACAGUCUGGCUGGAUACACCAAAAGUCAAAUUGUAACUGAAGAUGUAGAAAAGCAAGUGGUGCAUCUGGCCUUGAGUCCAAAAUCUAGUGCCUCCCGGAAGAAAGCAAAGGGUCAUGUCGGUUUGCGUUUAAUGCAAAAUACUCAUGCAAUUGAUACAUAUUCCCGGAUGAUUUUUCCAGCAUCAUUUAUAUUCUUUAACUUGGUGUACUGGUCUGUCUUUUGCUAGAACUGUAUACUCAGGCCUCUUGUUGUCCUCUAGAUUUUCACAAUGUGAAUACUGGAAAUAUAUGGAUUGGGUUGUCAAUUGCCUUUGUUAUAAGGUAUGCUUUAAAUACCUCCAUAAACAGGUAAUAAUGUAAUAAAUUAUACAGUACAGAGCCUACAUGGAUUACAAGAGAGUAAACAUCUGUACAUAUAUAUAGCAAUUGUAUAGAAAUCUAUACAAUUGGAAUUGAUCAUUGAAUGACAAAAUUGUACAUUUAUUGGCACAAAUAAUACAACAGCAUUAUGUGGAAAUAUAGUGGAAGUAUCUAAUGGUAUACAUUUAACCAGACUUAAUAAGGUCAAAGCAUGUCAUUCCUUAUACGAGAUUGGCAUUGUUUAUAGGCAAUGUAAUAGGGCCCCUACUCUGAUUGCUGAAAGUCUUAUGUAGGUAUCCCUGAGAAGAAAGGGAUGACAAAGAAGACAUAGAGAGGAAUUUAUUAAGACUGUUGCUUUACAUGCCAGUAUUAACUAAACCCCCACCAUUGUACGAUCGCACUGGAUAUUUUAAGAGGUGCAUGCCUCUUAGUGAAUCCAGGCGUAAAGAGCUGGCAUAGAUUUUUACUACAAUUUAUGCCUUCUAGUCUAGCGAGCAUAAAUUUUAGUAAAUGUUUGUGUGGGUAGCCAAUUCUCCUCGGUGACAACCCACUUUGUGAGCGUAGGACAGACUGUCAAAACUUAUAUAUAAUAUAAAUAUAAUAUAAUAUAAUUCUGCCCUAGAGUUCUGACACUUUCCUACAGCAGCAAGAAUAGGCACCCAUGCCCCCUCCCAUACACUUGGGGGGGUGGAGCGUGAUAUCACAAGGGGGCAACAGAUGACAGGGGGUGAGGCAGGAGAGAUUGCGGGGAUUGCCAGAAGUGGGACCCCCGUGAUUAGACAUCUUAUCCCCUUUCCUUUGGAUAGGGGAUAAGAUGUCUAAGGGCGGAGUACCCACUCCAAUAAGCGCUCCAAUUCCUAUACAACAUAUUUUCUGAAAGAUAAAAGAAUUAUUAACAUAAAGAUUAGAUUGGGUGAAAAAGGAGAGAUUCUCCUUGCUCUCAGGGAUUAAACUGGAUAUAAAUUACUGUUUGUUGAAUAAGUAUACUUUGUUUAUUAAGGUAAGGAAAGAAUGUGCCGUAUAGAGAUUUUUAUUAUUUAAAAGCACUGUCAACUAUCUUUUCUAAACAUGUAUAUUAAUAAUAAUCUACUUCAUAAAGUGGUCCUAAAAAAAGAAGUAACACCUAGAAAUAUUUUCUAUUUAUGGAUAUGUAAAAUGUACAUAUGUAUAUAAAGUGUAUAUUAUUUUUUUUUUCAUGUUUACAUAAUUGGUCACAGAGUGUUUGCAGUACAAAGACAUAUACCUAUAAAUAAGCAUUGCUAAAUGAAUAAAGUUGGAUGACAAAAUAUGUAUAUGUAUUAAUAAAGUUUAUUGGAGUCAUUUCCAUUUAAUUUUUCUGGAUGUGUUAGGCUGCAUUCACACCACGUUUUUGCAAUACAGUUCCCAUAUACGUUUUCUAUGUGAAAAACGUAUGGAACCGUAUUGAAAACCGUAUGCACUGACUCUCCAUUGAAAACCUUAUGCCAAAAGAUGCAUCAGGUUGUGUCCGUUUUGUAUCCUGUACGGUUUUGUCAGUUUUUUUCCCUUACCCAAAACCGUAGCCUACCACAGUUUUUGGUCCGGGUGAAAAACUGUAUUAAACCGUAUAUACUUUUUUUUUUACAUGGGAGUCAAUGGGAACCGUACAGAACUUUAUGUGCAUACGGUUCAAUCC